GCUUGAAAGUAUUUUUCACAUGGUAGAAAAUUAGAUGAAAGUCUAUCAAUGAUUUGCAGCAAAUCCAAACAGGACAUGAUGUAAAAGUACUUACAACACCAUUCUGGGACUUGGUCUUCACAUCAAGUUUCAGAAUUCCAUAACCUGGUCACGUUGAGGAAGGAAUGAUGAGCACAUCAAAACUAGGCUGCAAAAAAAAAGAGCAGAUGGAGGAGCCUUCUUUUUUGGAACACACAUGGAUACGUCAUAAAUUGGACGCCGUCUGUUUCCAGGGAAUUGAAGGAUGACUGCAUGCAAUAAGAAGCCUCCUGGAAACGUGUGAUGCACUUAAGGCAUCAUGAUAAACUGUUCUCGAGCAAAUAUUUGCUUGCAAACAGUGUGAGUGUGCACAAAGGAAUAGGCAAGAGCCUGGCCAUCUGGAGGAGAGGCCUGCGCCCAUCAUGAAGGGCUCAAAGGUCAACAAGAUGCUGAUAAAUAAUGGAAAUGAGUGGCUCACAGUCACACACACACACAGCAAGAUGGUGAAAUCUUGGAUGCAAAGACACACCCUUUGUACAGUGAAGCCGUUGCCAUGGUGAUAAGACUAAUAUACGUCAUCAAGCUGCGUGGCUCACGUUAAUCCUGCGCUCGACAAUAACAUUGCGUACAGGUCUUCAAUGUGCGAGGGGCCAUCAUCAAUAUGUGGACCAAUCCCACCAGACCCAUCGCUAUUUCCCCACUACUACAAAAGACCUGCUUCAGCACUGGGUCGCUUAGAGGGAAACAAACAUGGUACAUCGACCCUGUUGCCGGGGCCUCUUGCUCCAGAUCCUGUUCUGCACCCUGACUACUACAACGGCUGUGCUUCUGCACGACGUCCACGCAUCAACGCCAACGCUUCCCACAUUCGGGAGCGAGGGCAGAGAGGCGUCAUAAGGGAACUCCUGAAAGUCGAAUGUUUUCCUACCACGGAGAUAACCAAACCAAAAACGCGGGAGUUAGACUUUCACAAAGACAACGUCCGGCGACUUCGGGAAAUCCAGAAACGUUGCAAAGUGGAAGCUGAGAGAGCUCGUUCCGUUCCGGUCAAAGCUCUGUGGACUUCAACUAAAUACCGCAAUGUCCAAUCCAAAUUCAUGGUUGAUUUACAGGUUACCAGUCCAGCUGUGAAACCAGAGUGUCAAAACUUUCUAAAGGGUCACUCCAAAAAUAAAGUACCACCAAGACCACAGUCCACCCCUCCUGCUGCGACCUUGCAUCACUCUCACACUGCCAAACAGGACAAGAAUUUGCAAGUGAAAGGCCAGAGCAUCGAUUUCAUCAAGUACAACGCACGGGCUGCAAGACAGACGAUGCAAAGGUCCCAGUCGCUGACAAACCUGCAGGACAAAACGGUGCCCAGCGCUAUCAAGGGCCAGGUGCCUCACUACAUAGAGGAGAGGAAGAAGCAGUGGCUUAAAGAGGAGGAGGAGGAGAGGAGGAAGAAACUUAUUCCACCUGUUCCUGUGGGUCACACCCUAAUGGCUGACAGCGAAAGGCAGCAAACUCUGAAGACACUGCAAGAGCGCCAUCACGCCCUGGUGACGGAGCUGCUGUUGCUUCCUCUCAAAGCAGACAAUCUGAGCGUUCGCUUGCGCCGCGCUCGUCUUGAUAAUAGACUUUCUGAGUUGGAGGAAGCCAUCAAAAUCUUUUCCAGAGAUAAAGUUUAUGUCAAAACAAAUUCCUAAUGCCUAAAGAGAACAUCCGCUUGUUGAUUUUGACUUGACUGUUAAAUUAUGCAACAUUACACUGGAUCAUGUAAGCUAUAGUAUAAUGAUAGGGUUUGAAAAGUGUAUCCUUUUUUUAAUCCUAAAAUGUGGCAAAUUAUGUCCGUCACAGAAGGACAAAAAUAUCCAUAUUGGUACUGGAUCUUAUGAUCUUGUUGAGAGUAAUGUGCUCUUCUCAUAUAUUUAAAGAUUGACUACUGCAAACAUUUGUGGUAAAUAUUGUAUAGCCAUUAAGUUCAUCUAAGACUAAUUAAAUUCUAACAAUACUGUUGCUAAACUUCUUUCUUUCAUUACCAUUUGUCUUAUGGGAAUAUUUAUUUGAUAAAGUGCUAGUUAUAGUAUUGUGGACUCGUAUGGUGGCCGAGCUCUUCCAAUCAUGAAAGGUUACAAAUUGGAAAAAAAAAAACUGUUUAAUUUCAAUUUGAAAUUUUCCUUUAUUUUCUACGAAGAUUUUUAUCAGCAAUGAACUGUUGUUCACUUUGUAUCAAAAGCACUAACAUAAUAAAGUGAAUUUUAAGUUA